AAAUGGUCUACAAAACCUAGUAAUCUGUGUACAAAACAAAAAGCUUACAAAAGCAUAAUAUUUCGAUUACAAAUUCAUGCUUAGAGAAUCGAAAACUCAUAAUUUUUCCCUAAAGGUAUAACCUCAAUCAGUAUGGAUCUCAACAGACUCACAAAUGAUAAGAAAUUGAGCCUGUGCAGAUGGUACUUCAAAGUUGGUUGUAUUCUCCUCCCGUUUGUGUGGGCAGUCAAUGCUGUGUGGUUCUUCAAAGAAGCUUUCCUCAAGCCCCCAUAUGAAGAACAGAAGUUUAUUCGUAAAUAUGUUAUAAUGAGUGGCAUUGGUGCAGCCGUCUGGGCUGUCAUUCUGAUAGCCUGGGUGACAACAUACCAGCUGAAUCGAGUUUCCUGGGGUGAAACUGGAGAUUCUCUCUCCUUUAUUGUUCCAAUGGGACGAGCUUAGAAUGAUACUGGGGAUCAUUAAGUUGCUCUAGUGCUAGCUUACAAACUAACUUGUGCAAAUAUCACAUUUUGAUUCAAAAAUUCUUUUGUGAAUUUGGUUUUCCUUAAUUCACUGUACACUUGAACAGAUUUAUGAUUUAUUUAGAAUUAAAAGUGCUUGCACAACCAUCUGAGCAUUUAAAAAUAUUACAGUGUACCUAGUGUUAUGGAUAAUAUUAUGGAGUAUUGGACUCUUUGUAGACCACUGUAUUAGGAUAUUAUAAUUAUGUAUGUCAUAGUAUCCUAGCAAAGUAUCUAAAAGACUACUAUCUAAGUCAUCCAUAAUACAUAUAGAGGCCUUAAGAAAUAUAUAGGUAGAGUCAUGGGCUUAGUGAGGGGGGUCCAGCUCUCUGCCCGUACCUUGCUACGCCCAUGA